AUUAUAUAUGUAUUUAUGUUACACUCUCCAAAGCUUGUAAUAAAAUCACUUUGUACCAAGUCAACUACAGUAGUAUUUCGCACCGGCACUAUAUAUAUACACCACUUCCUCGGGGCUUAUGUCGUUAUAGGAUCAAUUUGUACCAAGUCAACCUAUUACUUUCUGACUAUAUGUCUGUAUAGUAUUUACCACUCAUUCUGCUCUAUACUGACAUUAAUUCUUGUUUAUAUUAACACCAAAAAAUAUAUAUGAAGCACCAAGGUCUUUUCCAUUUCCUGGUGUUCUUUUUCGUCUUGCUUUGUGUGUCGGAAAAGGCCUCCGCCGGAUAUAAAUUCAGCCAUAGAAGACGCUCUGUCCAGGAGUUUAAUAUCAACGGGCGUGCGGAUGUGUGUGCAGACAUAAUAGGGCCGAAAUGGAACAUUACAAAGAAAGGGAAAAGUCCGUGCACAACACUAGUAGUGUGGGUUCCAAAAAAGAUAGGUUUUACUGAGUUCGUUAAAGUCAACGAGCAUAAUGAAGUUGAAGGAGGAUUCUCCAUAGCGAUAUUUUGUUAUGCAUUACAAAAGUUACCCUUCAACGUUCAACCUAUUUUCAAACCCUUCAUCAAUGUGACGGGGCAGAUGAAUGGCACCUACGAUGACCUUCUAAAGCACAUUGAAGGCCAGAAAUGCGAGGCCGUGGCGGGUGAUGUCACCAUAAGGGGAAAGAGAACUCAGUAUGUUUCCUUUACAGCUCCUUAUUUAAGCUCUGAAGUUUAUAUGCUUGUGGAUGCUGCACAUGAAUGGAACCAAACCUUGGGGACAUUUUUAAGACCAUUUACCAACAGACUAUGGAUCACACUAGUGUGUGCAUGCGUCUUAAUUGGAAUCACACUUGCCAUAUUAGAAUACCGUGCUGGGAACCCAAAAUUUGCUAUCCCGUUCUAUAGGCAACUUAUCAUGGUCAUGUGGUUUCCUAUAUCGACAUUCUUCUUCCAUGAAGGAAAGAUACUCAACAGAUGCUCUAAGGUGGUUCUAGUUAUGUGGCUUUGUAUGAUAUUCGUAGUAGUACAAAUUUUUACAGCUACUUUGUCCUCAUGGUUGACUCUAGAUCAACUGCGUCCAAAAUUGCCUUCAAGCUUUCAAAACGUAGGUUAUCAAGGCGGAUCCUUUAUUAAAGAUCUUAUUACUGAUCAAUACCAUUGUAAAGUACAAGCUCUCAAUGGUUAUGAAGAUUACAAAAAUGCACUAUCCGAUGGUAGCGUAAAUGCCGUAUUUGAUGAGCUCCCGUACAUUGAUCUCUUUCUUUCCAAAUAUGGGUCUGAUAACUACAUGAAACAAGGACCCAUAAAUCAGGAAUCCGGAAUUGCAUUUGCGUUCGCUCGUGGAUCACCUUUGUUACAGAUCUUUUCUGAGGCAGUUAUCAAUGUCACUGAAAGUGAAACUGUGAUGGAAAUGAAGAGAAAGUAUCUUGGAUUAUCCGCUCUUGAUAAAUCACAACCUAAUCGUGCUCUUCCACAAAGUCUUGAUGUUCAAAGUUUUAUCGGAUUGUUCAUAUUCAUGGGUAUUGUGAUGAUAGGUUCUAUUAUAGCAUCAGAAAUCUUCCUCCUAGAAAGAAAUAAUAAAGUCCAAGACCAAGAUGAUGAAGAAGAAGGGCGAGAAGACUAGCUACAUUAAUAUAUGUUAACAAAGAAAUUCCAGAUUAGCAUGCAUAUAUAGGGACUGUAAUCAUCUGAUUA